GUGGAUGAAUACGGGUUUUUCAUAUAUUGGAAAUCCGAGGGCAGAGAGGGACAGGUGUUAGAGCUGUGCCAAGUAAAUGACAUUAGGUUAGGAGGUGUGCCAAAGGAACCGCGACUUCUAUAUGAACUCCAAUUACGGACGACUGGAGUUCUGGAAGACUGUUCGCUGACAAUAUGCAGCGGCUAUGAUAUGGUUAACAUUAACUACACUCACAUCGUUUGUCCCGACGAUCAAACAGCCAAAGAUUGGCAACAAUGGUUACGACAA